AUGGACGUCCCUGCUAACUAAGUGCAUUUUUAUUUUUAUUUUUUUUUCUUCUCCAGUGUCGUAUUUUCCAAUUCUAGUUUGCUUCAUGAAAACGAAUGCCUGUAUGCGUGGUUUUAGAGGUAAAACAGUGUUGCUUUCCUUGUCAAAAUGGCCGGAACGAGAGGGCAAAGCAAAAAUAUUAGACUUUCUAAGAACCUAUCUCAGAUGAAGUUCAUGCAACGUCGAGUGAAGAAAGAUGCAGAAGAAGAACAGGAACUAGAAAAGCAGCGACAAAUUGAUGAUACUCACUGGGUUUUGGAUCUGCCAGACUUGAUUUUAAGAGGGAAUAGAUAUGAGACUGUAGAUAGCAUGGCUGAUUGUGAAGAUUUGGUCUUUGGUAGAAUGUCAUUCAAUGGCAUGAACCCAGCAAUAGAGAAAGUGAUGAGGGUCAUGAACGGAGAAGAAGUAGAAGAUGAGGAAGAAGUAGAAGAGCAAGCUGAAGGUGUCACAGAAGAAGAAAUGGCUGACAGGUAUUCCUCAUUGGUAGGAACGAUAGGAAAGAAAUUCAACAAGAAGAGGAUACACUCACAGACCGAUACAGAUGCUCCCAGGAAGAAACAUAAAAAGAAGUUCCUCAAGCCUCCAGAUGAAUGAAUUCAGUGUGUAUGUAUUCCCAAUGAGCCAUUCUGUAACAUAAGUAAGAAAGGAGAAAGUAUUAGCGUAAAGGAGUGCAAGAGAAUUGAAUUGAGUGUCAGUGAUCAAAGUGGGAACAAGUGAUAUUGUCACUUGGCUGGCAGAAAGGCGAUGGGCUGAGGAUGCGCAACAAUUUUUAAUUCCUGUGUGACAGGCAUAAGGGCAUUAGCUUAACCAUGCGCUACAUGAAAUGUACAGUUAAUGUCCUUCUGCUAGGCCAACAGGAAUGGGAAUUGAUAUACACAUAAAUCUGAAUACCCUCCAACCAGCCUGGCGACAAUGAUUUUCAUUUAAAGUCACUGAUAAUUCCUUUAUGGACUGCUCCUGAGUUAACUGCACUUUCAUUAUGUCCACUAUUUCAACUCGAUAUUAAGACAUUGCUGUAUUUAUUGAACGGUCAUUUAUGAAUUUAUUCUCAAAUUGUGUGUUUGAAAAGCAAUGUGCUCUGCAAAAUCAAAGCACCUUGUCAUUGGUAGAUCUGGGAAGUGAUUUAUGAAGCAAGUAAUAAAUGAUUUUUCACUGACUACUAUGUUUAGCCAAUGGGAUGCAAGGAUUUGUAGUAGCCUUUAACCAUAGACCAUGAAAAUCACUAUUUGUUUCAUGAAAGCUCCCCUUAUUCUCUUUUUAAUUGUUAACAUAGGAAUGAGCAUUCUGUGGUUUCACCAUUUCCACCUCUGAAUCAUUCAAAACUUGUCAUUAAUUAGUCAGUGUAAAAGACUGAUCUGUUAUUUCCUAAACUACUAAUAAACACAACAUCUUUCCCCAUUUUUUUUUUUGGGGGGGGGAGGGCAUGGAAAGUUUAAAGAAAACUUUCGCAAUAUUUUGUGAAAAUGUAAUAUCUACACAAUAUUUGCUGUUUGUAAUGGACCCACUUUGUUCUCUCUUAAUGUAUUAUGAAAGUACAAAAGUGUCAAUUUUCCGACACUUAACACAAUAACAAUGCUGCCCCAAACCAUAGACCAUUUUGAAAGUAAGCUUCCAUAUAGUAUAGACUAAUCAUUAUUUUGCAAGCUGUAUGUGUAAUUUACAUAGGAGUUGCAAACACUUUGUGAAAGAGAAGUUUUCCUCAGAAUCUGUCGUUACAAGUGAGUCCUAUAAGCCAUUCUGCAUGUAUUUCUCAAUGAAUUUUCUGUAGUAAGUAUAUUUUGAAAGUACAAUUGAAAAACUGCAGCCAGUCAUUAUACAUGAAUACACUAACAACAUGUGAACAAUGUGAAUGUUCCAAGGUUCACAAGCUAAUUUUUCAUGCGAACUUUGCACGAGUUUUGCAGCCUGUGCAGGACAUUCGCAAAACUUCUUUGAUCCAACUACAUGGAUUUACAGAGACUUUGGAAGUACACACUUUCCAUAGACCCCAGUUUGCAAAUAUGCACACUGGGUCUUUCAUGGUAAAACUUUAUUCAAUACAGAGUAUUAUCUGAGAUGUGAGUUACCAGUGAAUGUGAAUUACAUUAUCAACCAUAAGUCAAUAACCAUAUUGGAAAACUGUUUUACAAAUUUAUACAAUUUAACAUGCUGAAUUAAAUUUGGGGGGAUUAUAAUGACAAUUGUUUCCUUGUUAUUUUCUUUAAUUCAAGAUUUCCAUAUUGCACCACUGAUACUUAUUGUUAUUAUAUAGAUGUUAUCCAAGAACUAUUGCCUUUUUAGCUUAUCAAAUUUGAAGGAAGGGGAAAAACUAAUUAUUACAAUUGUUGAAUUUAAUUGUACGAAUGUACAAGAUUGCAAAAUCAGCGUGCAAAGGGUUAAGUGGACCCCAACCACAAGAGUAUGUGACAAUACAUUAGCACAAUAGAUACAGAAGAUAAUCCCCCUUUAUAAAAAAAUAGCUCCAUAGCUAGGUUAACACCUUUGACACCACCAUUUUUUUUCCCCCUCGAAGACAACCUUUUGGAUUGCAAAAUCUCUCUCAGACACAUGUCUUUAACGGACUUGUCUUAUGUUUAGUACAGUAUUACUGUUUUGAAGCUGUAUACAUGUAUACAAAAUUGAUAUUUGUUGAACUAAGUUAUGUAUUUGUGUAACUUAUGUAAUGAAGAAAUCAUUUACAAAUGAAUGAAAUAUUGCAUUGACUUCAAGCAUAUUUAGAUUGAAUAUUUAUUAAUGAUUUUACAUGUAUGACAAUGCAAAAAUAGGCAUUUAUGUUUGAAUUUAUAUUGUACUAAGACACUGACAGAAACAAAAUUCAAUGUGUAUUUUUAUAAUUCAUGUAAUGAGCUUGAUAGUGAAAACAAAUAUAUAUUCAGAAUGGGGGUAAUGCAAAAGACCCAACAUGUGA